UUGAUAGUCAUACGACACUCUUGUCUGUCAUCACAUGACCCUCUUCGUAAUUGUAUGUUUGAGCAUACUUAGUAGAGGCACGAGACGUAUUAGUUUAGUAAAGUGAGGACGUUACAGAACUUUUACCAGGACAUUUACUGUUUAACAAUACUUUGUAAAUAAUUUCUUUUUUAACUCUUCUAAAACACUCUCACCGUUUAAAACAAAACCCAUUAUAAUUAUCAAAAUGAGUUUACCAGAAGCAAAUCCCAUUUAUGGACCCUUUUUCGGAGUCAUGGGCGCUGCCUCUGCCAUCAUAUUCUCUGCUUUGGGAGCUGCAUAUGGCACAGCAAAGUCAGGUACUGGUAUUGCAGCCAUGUCUGUAAUGAGACCAGAACUUAUUAUGAAAUCUAUCAUUCCUGUUGUCAUGGCGGGUAUUAUUGCCAUCUACGGUCUCGUCGUAGCAGUGCUAAUUGCAGGAGCCCUUGAGGAACCUGUGCGUUAUUCUCUUUACAAGGGAUUCAUUCAUCUUGGUGCGGGCCUUGCAGUCGGUUUCUCAGGAUUAGCUGCUGGCUUCGCUAUUGGAAUUGUAGGCGACGCUGGAGUAAGGGGUACUGCUCAGCAACCUCGUCUCUUCGUUGGAAUGAUCCUGAUUCUUAUUUUCGCUGAAGUUUUGGGUCUUUAUGGUUUAAUCGUUGCUAUUUACUUGUACACUAAGUAGAAUUUUAAAAAUUAUAAUUCCAUUAUUAACAGAAAGUUCAAAACGAUGAUUUGUUAGUAAAUUUUUUUUUAAAAAUACAAUAUAUGCAGUUUACAAUAUGUUUCCAAUGUUUUAAUAUUUGAUAGUUCUUUUGAGUAUUCGUUGCUUAAAUGUCAUUUUCAAAUUGUCUUUAAACCGUGUUAAAUUUUAUUUAUUCUUAUGAUUUACUAUCCGAUCAUAAUUUUGAACACUCUCUCAAAAGAAUCAGAUUCGUAUAUAUAUAUAUAUUAAUUCGUACAGCUCUGACACUCACAAAAUUUGAGUAAUUAUUUAUACCCAUAGAGACAAGAGACAAAUUUUUUGAAGGAUUUCUCGAAUUAAAAAAUAAACAUCGUUUUUUAUUUGCGCGGAAUCAUCUUACUCCUCGAAUAGGAAUAUUUCUUAAAAAAUUUUUGGGGCAGUAUAAUCUGCGUGGACAUAUAUACAUAAACUCGUGUCGAGCAUUUUGUUAAUUGAUUUCCAAGGAAGGAAUGUUCAAGCAACACAGUUCACUUCGGAAUAGGUAGAAAAUUACUUCAGCAGAUACACAAGGAGAUAGAGUACUAAUAUCACACAUAAAUAUGUAUACCAUGCCAAACUUUUUUCUUUCAUUGUACAAUAACUUCUAAUAUUGUUUGAAUAUAUAAUUUGAUAUUAAAAUAUCAAUUUAAUGAAUCGGCUCUACUGAGUGUAUAAAGUAGUAUUAAAAAAAUAAUAAAUGAAUACAUUACAGUGAAUAUGUAAAUAUCUCUGUAACAAUUUGAGUCGAUAUGUAAAAGCAGAUUUUCUCGGAUAAUACUUAAGUCAAUUUGAGAGAAUAUCGAGAGUGAAGUGAGAUUAUUUAUGCCCAUGUGUGACUUGUGAUAAAAAGUGAUUUUGUCAAAACAAAAAAAACAUACAAAUACUGCUGAGGUUGGCGAGACUGAAUCUUGGAGACAUUUUACUUUAUUUUAUUCAUAAACCGAUACAUAUAGUUUAACGUUAUAGAAAUACAAGUUGCAAUUAGAGAAAUACUGGGCUGCACAUAACAAAGAAUAAUUGAGUACCGCAUUUUCAUUCUACGAUAGCGAAUUCUAGUGAAUGUGUUUUAUUCCUCGGAUAAAAACGGGAAAUAAUAAUGUGUAAAGUAACGAUAUUUUAAAACAAAUGUAUACAUUCCAUAGUAUCUUUAUUUACCGUAAAAAAGCAAACGAACGUCUUUCAAUUUCACAAUCUCAAAGUUGAUAUUAAUAAUAAUAGUAUUACAAACAUUUUUAAGCUGAGUGAUUUGCCUGGGAGCUGGCGAUUCACUCCGCUUUGUUUAAUAAAAACAGUUGUGAAACUGAAAACACAUUGUUCGUUUGAUAGUUCUUAUUGAUUGGUUCUGCAAAAUUUCUUACUAAAGUUAUCAUUUUAGAAGUCAUUUAAGAAUUAAAGUUUAUUUAAUUGGA